AUGACUUUAGCUACAAAACAAGAUUCAAAUUUUAAACUUUUGUGCCGGUUAACACAUAUAAACGUUGUUUAAUGGUCUGAUUUAUACAAAAUGUCUAUUUUCCAAGGAUUCCCUGAUUUGCCUGGCCCAAACGAAACUGCUUUUUGCAAAAUAAAUGAAGUGUAUUGUUGUGGAAACGUCCGCCACGGAAAUGUAUCUGCAUUUACAAAUACGACAAACCAUCACCCAAAAAUCAAUGUAACAAGAGACCUACAUCAUCAUAGAUUGUCCGAUGAAAAUAUAUCGAUGUACAUAAACGUUGAAGACAAGUUUCUUAAGAAAAUAUCAAGUGUUUGGUACAAUCAAGGUUUUUUAGAAGCUCUUAGUAUAGCUGCAGAUCCUAGCAUAAAUACUGAAAGUAAAAUAUUAGCUGUUGCAGCUACAUAUGCUUUAAAAGUUGCAAAUGCAUUUUCAACAUUUAGAUACUUCCUUCAACCUCAUUUAAAAGAUAUAGGACCAAAAAUUGUGUCUAAAUACUCUAGAACUCGUAGCUGGGGUGCAUCUUCUGUCAAAUGUAUGGCUUGGCAUCCACAUACAACAAAAAUUGCUAUAGCUACAGCUGAUGAUGGGGUGAGAAUCUAUAGCUCUGAUGUUUCAUUUGUAUCAACACUGAAGUGCAAAUCACAAGGGCAUGUGUCCUCCUUAAGCUGGAGACCUUACUCAGCUUCAGAGAUAGCUGUAGGCUGUGAGCAAGGUGUGAUAGUGUGGACUGUAGACCCUAAUUCUAUGUUUACAAAGCCUUCUUCAAGUAAUGCAGUAGUUUUAAAACGGUCUGGACACAGUCCAGUUACUGAUGUAAGCUGGUCACCAAACGGAGAUCUUUUAAUUAGUUGUUGUGGUGCCGAUACUUCUAUGCUGGUAUGGGAUGUUGCCAUGGAGACUGCUGUGCCAUUAAGGAGGGUUGCAGGAGGUGGAAUAGUAUUUGCAAGAUGGUCACUUAGUGCUAAUAAAAUAUUUGCUGCUACUUCAUCUAUUAUUUUUAGAGUAUGGGAUACAAAAUCAUGGACGCCUGAGCGUUGGUGUGCGCGUGGUUGUCGCGUCGUAGCCGCCUGUUGGGGCCCUAAUGAUAUAGUGCUGUUUGCAGCAAAAGGAGAACCACUUGUGUAUGCUUUAAGAAAUAUUGGAUUAUUAAAUGGAGCAAAAGACAGCAAAGCACAACCAGUCUUAGAUGUUACAAAAGUGGAAAUAGCAUCAGGAUAUACCAUUGGGGGUCCCAUACUUGAUAUGUGCUGGGAUCCAUCAGGGAAAUACCUUGCCCUACUGUUUGAAGAGUCCCACAUAAUAGCUGUGUUUUGUACUACACAGAUGAUGAUGCAACUAAAUGUUUCGCCAUGUUGCUAUAUCAGUGGAAUUGAUAAUGAAGUUCCAUCGACAAUAGCUUUCCAGCAAAACUUCACCGAGGGCGCUUGUCUGACUAUUGCAUGGUCAAGCGGUAGAGUCCAACAUUUUCCAAUAGUUUACACAGACUCAUAUUAAGCAUAUUUGGAACUUCUUUAAUGUUUUUAAAAUUUUAUAUUUGAUGGAGUCCUUGUAUGUCAUUUAACUGAAAGGGUUUUUAUAUUUUUUAAAUUAUUAAUCAAACCAUAGAAUCUUACCUCUGAAUGAUUUUUCUAACUUUUUCUAAUGAAGACUGAAUAUCGACGUAAAUUCAAAUAUAAAUAUAGGUUUAAAGAAAUAUAUUACUUCAAAUAUUAAUAUUACACUUUUAUUACGUUUAAGAACUUGUUUUCAAACACAGGAUUGUAAAAUAAUUCUUCUAGGUGAUUUUUUUCUGUAAAUUGAAGGAAAUUUAUAUUGUCCUGUAACAAAAAUAUGGUAUAACUGACAUUAUUAAGUGUUAUGCUGAGUAAGGUGAUUUUGUAUGUAUUAUAAGACAAUAAAAGUGAUUUCUUCUA